AAGCAAUCCCUCAACAAUGGCUCCUAAGAAAGGUGUGAAACCAGUUGCAGCUUCCAAGAAGAAACCGGAGAAGGUUGCGAAUCCUCUGUUUGAGAAGCGACCAAAACAGUUUGGAAUCGGAGGAGCUUUGCCUCCCAAGAGGGAUCUACACCGUUAUGUGAAAUGGCCUAAGGUUGUUCGUAUUCAAAGGCAAAGGAGAAUUCUCAGGCAGCGAUUGAAGGUGCCCCCAGCAUUGAACCAAUUCACCAAGACCCUUGACAAGAACCUAGCCACAAACCUUUUCAAGAUGCUCAUCAAAUACAGACCUGAGGAUAAAGCUGCAAAGAAAGAUAGACUUUUGAAGAAGGCUCAGGCCGAGGCUGAAGGAAAGACAAUUGAGACAAAGAAGCCUAUUGUUGUCAAAUAUGGUCUUAACCAUGUCACCUAUCUAAUUGAACAGAACAAAGCCCAGCUUGUUGUUAUUGCUCAUGAUGUCGACCCAAUUGAGUUGGUUGUCUGGCUGCCAGCAUUAUGCAGGAAAAUGGAAAUUCCAUACUGUAUUGUUAAGGGAAAGUCUAGAUUGGGAACGGUUGUUCACCAGAAAACUGCAUCUGUUCUGUGCUUGACCACUGUCAAGAACGAGGAUAAGAUGGAGUUCAGCAGAGUAUUGGAGGCUAUCAAGGCAAACUUCAACGAUAAGUUUGAGGAAAACAGGAAGAAAUGGGGUGGUGGAAUUAUGGGUACUAAGUCUCAAGCCAAGACCAAGGCCAAGGAGAAGGUUAUUGCUAAGGAAGUUGCUCAGAGAAUGAACUAAGGUUCUAUGCUUGUUAGUUGAUGCCAUUUGCAAAACAUGUUUUGGAUAAUUUUUGUUGUUAAAAUGAAUUUUUAUGAAUCUGAUUUUGGAGCUUUUUUUUAUUAGAUGGCUUUUUAAGACA